CUCGGGGCGUGGCGGCCGGCGGAGCACGACCUCCCGGCGCGGAGCCGGCGAGUGCCACACGGCAGGGCUCUCUGAGGCGGCAUGCAGGCGGGUGCCCCCCCCUUCCUACGGCCCGCCGGCCUGCUGCUGCGCCCCGCGGGGCCCGGGCGGACGCCCAAGUGUGCGCGCUGCCGCAACCACGGCGCCGUGUCGGCGCUCAAGGGCCAUAAGCGCCUGUGCCGCUGGCGGGACUGCCGCUGCGCCAAGUGCGCCCUCAUCGCCGAGCGCCAGCGGGUCAUGGCGGCGCAGGUGGCGCUGCGGCGGCAGCAGGCGCAGGAGGAGAGCGACGCCCGCGGCCCAGGCGUGGGGCUGGCGCUGGGCCGCGGGGAGCCCUGGCGGGGGAGCCGAGAAGAGAAGGCACAGAAAUAUGACCUGUACCGUGCCCGACCAGAAGGUCCCAUGCCCAUACUGCAUCCUCCUCUGCUAAGAUCUUCUAAAUCUGCGGGAGCUAGCGGAAACUACAGAGAGAAGCCACCCUGCCGCGACAUUUCAGAAAAGGAAGAGAGAGUUCAGUCCCCUGGUCCUGAGGAGCAGCUGGAAACUGCAGACAGCUCAGGAUCCCCCUCUUCUUCAGAUAUGGAAUCAGGAAACGAAAGUGAAUGGUCCAAGGAUGUUACUGCCUUUAGUUCCAGCCCUCCUACUGCUGGGUCUAGACCAAGAGACCCUCUUGACAUUCUAACCAAGGUCUUCCCCAGUUAUAAACGAAACAGGCUGGAAAACAUUUUGCAGUUCAGCAAAGGAGACGUCGUCCAAGCCAUAGAGCACAUCUUGAAUGGGAAAGAGCAUAAAGAAGACAUCAGUGCAAGCCCAUCCAGGUCUGCACUCAGUGCUUUACAGAGAGCGUCUAGUUUGAGUUUAGCUGGGUUAGGUGUUGGAGGAUUUGGCAAUAAAUCAGCUUUCUCUCCUCUUCAGACUAGUCCUCCUUUGUUUAGAAGUGAAACAAAUCUGUAUGGCGUAGGCCCUAGACUGGGGAUCAGCCCUCUAAGGCUGGCAUAUUCAGCUCCUGGGAGAGGGCUCCCAGGAUUUAUAUCACCUUACUUAGCAUCUGGGUUAGUUCCAGCUUUCCCUCUUUACUCAGCUGUGGACUACCCCUUUUCAGGAAUGAUCAAGGAUACUUCUUACUUUUUAAGUAAAGAGUUAGUCCCUAGCAGUGGAAUUUAUUCUAGACCAAAUCAGGAAAACAAGUAGUGCCUCUAAUGUAUUCCCAUUCACAAAGAUAUAUUUCCAAAAGCAGGUAGCUGUCACUUGGACAUGUAUAUCCAGCAUCAGAGGAAGCUAUAAUCCCACAGUCGAAAGAGAGAAGUCAAUUUCAAAUGAGAGAGACUUACUGUUUAUGUUAAAAAAGGCUUUCUAUACCUUUUGAAUGUGACUUGCUUAAUUUUGUUGUAGAAUUACUUGAAACACUGACAUUUUUGAGCAAAAAAGGAAAUAAUUUAAAUUGUGUAUUUUUUCCAUCCAGAGUUUCUGAUGUGAAGAGUUCUAAAAAUUAACACUGAUUUUAAAACUGGAAAUUAUUAUACAUACACAUGUAGUUUCUAUGCUGUUUUCAACUGUUUUAGUAAGUGAAGCAAUAACAAGGGUACCUUUGUUUUGUGAACAGAAAUAUAGGGUUGGAUUUUUUUUAAAUAUAAAGACAAUCUAAUACAUUGUAGCCUUUAUUAAUCCCCUCCAUCUUCAAAAAUAUUUGUCCAACUUUGCUUACUUAAAUUUCUUUGUAUUUCUUUCAAGUCUAAGCCCAAGACUUUCAGAAUGGGUCCAUAAACAUAGGUUCUUGAAUAGUCAGUGAAAUUAGCAUCUUGUUCUCAAAACUUCUUGCAGAAGUAAAUAAAAGCUCUUGGAUAGUUAGCAGUUUUAAAAAUCAGACUGUCUUUAUGGGUCUACAGUCCUGACACAGCAAAAAUACAAGUGUGUUCUUAAUUCAGGGAGAAUAACCUUACUGAAAUUCUCAGUUAUGUUAAAUCAGCAUAGUUCCAUUACACUAUAUGGGGAUCUUAAGGUAGAAGGUCAAACUUGUGCAUUAUUAGGGCUUAAAUAAGGAUGUAGGAGCCUAAUUUAGGCAUCACUUUGUGCAUCUACAAAUGUGCUUUAAUGCAUAGUAGCUUAUUUGACUGUGCAUUAAAGUGUCAUGUCAAAAAACUAGUGCACAUUAAACAAGCUACUUAACAUUCAGUGUUACUAAAAAAGCAUGCACCUACAUUACUGCACCUAAGUGCAGCCUAAUGUGCAUUUUUUUAGUACUGCACAUUAGAGGUACUAAAUUUAAUGUGCAGCAGCAAAAGCACAUUACUGAACAUGUAGACAUACCAGUUCUUAAAAAAACUUUGGGCCAGCUCAAAGAGAUGUGUCUAUUUCAAGGUUUUGAAUGUGUAAAGAUCAGGGCUUAUGAUACACUUAAUAGAACACAUCCUUUGAACUAUAUUUUGGAUGUCUUGCAUUAUGCAUUUUUCAUUUAUGAAAUUGUAUUAAAUAACAACAGCAUGUAAAACUUUUUAUGAGUUUCUUUUAAGUUUUAGUUUUGUAGACUCUGUUCAUGGUUUAUCUAAAGCCAAUUCACAACUAAGUCAAAGUAAGUGAGCGCCAUCUCCUGGCUAUUUUAUUUAUUGCAGUUUCAUAGUGGUAGGAAAAUAAAUUAGCAUUUUAGUUCAUAAAGAGUUAGUUUUAAAAAUCUUUUAAAUGACCUUUUUAUUAUUCCAACAUGAAUUUGGGAAAGCUUCUGUUUAAAUAGUAUAGGGAGUAUGUGGAACAAGGAGCCUGAUUACUACUGAGACACAAAUGGUUAAACCUUUUCUCUACUUCUGUGUAAAGUCCCAGGGACUUGAGUUGGAUCCUUUCCAGGGCAUAAGGAGGACUGGGUCCCAGAGUAAUUUGAAUUGUGCUCAUAUUUGAUAUUUAGGCUCUCAGUCCUGCAAAAACCUGUGCACAUGCUUUGCUUUGUAUUCAUGAGAAAUCUUGUUGACUUCAUUGGCACAACUCAUGUGGAUAAAGCCAGACACCUGCAUGAACAAUUGCUGAGUUAGAGCCAUAGGAGAGGAGGUCUUGAAGAACAAUUUUUUUGUUGCUGUUGAUAGCAACUAAAAUAGGCUUGCUUUGUAGGUAGUAUUUAAUUGGUCAGCAUCUAGAAAACAGAACAAUCUUUGAGUCUGAUUAUAUGGUCAUUUGUCUGAGAGAACUACAUUUUCUUUAAGUCAAACAUCAGGGGUUAAAGAAUAAGCAUCUUUUAAAACUAACUUUAUGGAGAACUGGCUUGUUAAAUUAUAUGAUCUGAAUAAUUAUA